UGAUGGUCUCUGUUAUAAGUUUUGUUUAGUAUUUUGAAUUUGGUUUUCUCUGUAGUUUAAUUAGUGUAGUAUAUUAUUCGUGUAUUAUUCUUGAUAAAUAAUUGGACGAUUUUAAGUUAUAUUGAUCACUUAUCACUUAUCGUGAGACAUGUAAUUAAGUCAAUUAAAUAUAUAGCUUACAAAAUAAAAAUAGUUUUAGAUUUUGACUACUACGUACUUUUAACUAGCUUGUUAAAUGAUAAUUAAAAAGUUGUCAAGUUACAUGGAUAUUAUAAAGUGAAACAAGAUAUAUCAUGGAUAACACGGCUCAUAACAUUCAAAUAUCAACCAAAGCUAAGCCAAUUCGUGAAUUGUUACCAGAGCUUAAGGGCAUAAUAUCAAAGGAUUCUAUGCGGACUCUAAUGGCAGCACAACCAACCCCUAGAAGAGUUGAUCUCAAACCACUGUCAUUUACCGAAAUGAGAAGUGUUUUAAUGGAAUUAAAAGACGAUACAACAGUAAAAUGUACUCCAGCAGUCAACCAAAAUAGGAAAAGUAGGUGGAACUACUCUGUUAAAGUGCCAAAAACUGAGCCAAAACAUGUCACUAGCAAAGAGAGCUCUGCCAGAAAAACACCAAAAUUACAACCAAAACCAAUGACUUUCACAAAUCCUGUAACACCAAAAGCUUCUAAGCCAGUUUGGAAUGGAAAAAAGAGCAUUGUACCAGAUAAAAAUGGUGUCCGCAUCAGCGGUGUCUACAGGAUACCAGAGACACCAACAAAUAAAAGCAACUCAGUAUAUAAAAACAGAAAGACUCUUUUUAAUAAAGAGAAUGAUGUAAGAAAAGUAAAAAUGGAAAGUAAUUUCCGGAAACCUCUACAAACUAUUCCCGAUGCACCAUUAUCUAAUAUAUCGUCAACAUCUAGUUGUGACACAAGUUUCCUACAAACUGAAAAGAAGAUACAAGAUUUAAUAAGUAAAACUGAGGCUAAGCCUUUCAAAGAAGCAGGUCCUACAUUAGAGGAUAUCGAAGAAGUAUCCCCAAUAUUAUCUACACCUCCAAAGGAAUGUACCAGGCAUGAAGACUUUCUAUUCAACAAUAAUGACACAGAAAUAAUUCCGCCAGUUAAUUCUAUAAUAUGUUUUGAUGUUGUAAACCAAAGCAAUUUAAAUUGUAUGCAACUUAAUGAUUUAUUGAAACUAAGAGAACAAAAUGAGGGUAAAAUCAAAAUAAUGGAACAAUAUUUAAAAACAAUGACAGAACAACAAAAAUAUAUUGAUAAAAUCAUCAAAGAGAAAAAGAUUGAUUCUGAUAUUAAUAGAAAAUUUGAAAACAAAGAGUAUUUAUGUGAAAAUAAAUUAGAUAAUUCAGAAUCUGUUACUAAGAGCAACACUACCGCAAUUCCUUGUUCCGUUAUCAAAUCUCCUUCAAAAUCACCAACAUAUAAGAUACCUAGAAAGAAUUUGUGUUUAAGAAAAAAGGUAUUCCAUAAAUCUAUGCCUAAUAUAUCUAAUGGCACUCAAUCUCCAAACAAAGACAAUGACAACAAGGCUCUUUCGAUUUAUAUGAAAAUGAAAGAGCAGAUGAUUUUUUUAAAUACGCCUAUUAAAUCUAAAAAUGUAGAAGCACCGAACACACCUGCUGUUACGUCGCAAAAUCUUCAAAUGCAGUUAGACAAACUGUAUAAUUGUUCAUAGGUAUAGUACAUUCAAGUCUAAGUUUGAAAGACAAUUUAGAAUAAAAUUAGUGUGACUUACAUUUUUUUUAUUAAAUGAAAUCUAACCAAAUGUAUAUUUAAAUAAAUAUUUUAAAGUACUGGUUACCUGUAAAAUAAAAUGGGCUUUACAGAAAUGCGAUAGUGAAGUACAAAUUCAGUAAUAAAUUUUAUAGAAAAGAAGUCUACAGACUUUAAAAAAUAUAAAAAGGACAUUUCAUUAGAUAUUGAGUGGUUCAGCUGAUAAAUUCUUUAUAGACUUUACACUAAGAACUAUUUCUAUUUUUACUUUAAAAAUGUGUAGUAAACUAGAUGUGCCAUAAAUGUUAUGGUAAAUGUAAAUUAGCUAAAUUAAUGUAAUUUUGAAUAUGUGUAAAUUUAUAU